AUGGAGGCGCUGCUCCCGAGCUCCAUCUCGCCGAAGAUCAGCGCCAUCCUCCAAUCCCACGUCUACCCGCGCGUCGGCCGCGUCCUGCGCGCGCUCGCCAGGUUCAAGUCCUUGCUCCUCGACGCGCUCGGCGAGACCAAGAGGGGCGCGCGGGCGAAGAAGAGGCACGCCAUCCGCUGCCGCUCGAGGUCGUCGUCGUCGAGGAAGAGGAGCAAGCAGAUCGCCAGCGUCUUCGUGAAGCCGCAUCUCGCCUGGUCCGGCGGCUUGUCGUCGUCGCCAGCUCGGGGAGCGGCGGCGCUGGACGCGAGCUACCACUUGUACCCGUGCUUGGAGUCGGCGUGGAACGCGGUGGUUCCGGCUCCCGCCGGGGUGGCCGGCGGCGGCGAGGACGGGACGGCUGCCGAGUACUGUGGGUACCUGCGCUGGCUUGAGGAGGAGAUGUCAGAUGAAGUACUGGUCGUUGAAGAGGAGGAGGAGGAGGAGGAGGAAGACGUCGUCGUCGGCGGGAAUGAGAUCGACAUGCUCGCGGAGAAGUUCAUCGCGAGGUGCCGCGCCAACUUCUUGCUGGAGAAGCAGGAGUCGUACGACCGGAGGUGCCAGGAGAUUAUAGCCAGGAGCAUCUGA